CAAAGAGUUAUCUCGCUUUUUUCGUCGGCCUCUGAUUGGUUACGCAAGCACACACCUCUGACGAAGCCGUGAGCAUGAAAACAAAUCAACUAUUGAAAGUCUGGAGGACAGUAUUUCUGCAGGGGUGGGCGGGCACGGCUUCCUUAGCCCAGGUCAGAACAGACCUAGAGAAAGAACUGGAGGGAAUUAAGGAGGCUGGGACCUGGAAAGGGGAGAGAAUCAUCACCUCCAAACAGGGACCAAGUAUUCAUGUGAAAGGAACCUCCAAAGAUAUCCUUAACUUUUGUGCUAACAAUUACCUGGGACUUUCAAGCCACCCUGAAGUGAUAGAGGCUGGGAAGAAAGCUUUAGAUACACAUGGAGCAGGCCUGAGUUCCGUCCGAUUUAUCUGUGGCACCAUUGAUCUGCAUAAAGAAUUGGAGGAGAAGAUUGCCAAGUUCCACGGAAAGGAAGAUUCCAUUUUGUACGCCAGCUGCUUUGAUGCGAAUGCAGGCCUGUUCGAGGUUCUAUUAGGAGCAGAGGAUGCCGUGAUAUCGGACGAACUUAACCACGCCUCAAUCAUUGACGGGAUUAGGCUGUGUAAGGCAAAGAGACAUCGCUACCAACACAGGAAUAUGGCAGAUUUGGAGGAUCAGCUAAUUGCUGCUAAAGACUCUAAGAAGAAGUUAAUAGCCACUGACGGUGUGUUCAGCAUGGAUGGAAAUGUAGCUCCACUGCCGGAUAUAUGUAACCUGGCUGAUAAGUAUAAUGCUAUGGUGUUUAUUGAUGAGUGCCAUGGGACAGGAUUUUUUGGACCUACUGGGAGAGGUACUGAUGAGCAUUUUGGGGUCAGUGAUAGAAUAGACAUCAUAAACUCCACCCUGGGUAAAGCUCUAGGGGGAGCUGCUGGUGGAUACACUGCUGGACCUAAGGAACUGACUUCACUGUUACGUCAGAGGUCACGACCUUAUUUGUUCUCCAAUGCCCUACCUCCACCAGUUGUUGCUUGUGCUAGUAAGGCCAUCGACUUAAUCACCAGUAACACAGAUCUUCCACAGCAGGUGCUAAGCAACACAAAACGAUUCCGAUCACGUAUGUCAGAGGCAGGAUUCAAUCUCUCCGGCGAUCCAGAGCAUCCUAUCUGUCCAGUGAUGCUAGGAGAUGCACGACUUGCCAACAUCUUUGCUGAUGAAAUGCUAGAGAGAGGGAUCUAUGUGAUUGGCUUCAGCUACCCUGUGGUGCCCAAAGGCAAGGCCCGUAUAAGAGUCCAGCUGUCAGCUGCCCACUCUAAAGCCGAUGUAGAUCGUGCUGUAGACGCAUUUAUAGAAAUAGGUCGGAAGCUCAAGGUCAUUGCUUGAAGGCAGCCACUACUACAAGAUUAGCCAUUAUUUGUACAUUUGUUUUGUUUUGUGUAUAUCAGCAAUUUGUUUAGAUUUGGGAAAAGACAUAGUCUCUUUAUUUUGAGUAUAUACUUUAAACAACAAAAGAACUGUGAAAAAUAAGUUUAUACACUUUAUCAGAAUCUCUGCAAAGAAUCUCAAACAAUUUUCAUACAUUUAUACUUUAAUUUUAACCCCCUCAAACCUGAAUCUCAUUUUACAUACAUGUAGUACAGUGUAUAUAUGAUUUUUUUUUAAAUUAUGUAACUAUACUUAAUUUUGAUUAGAAGAAAAUGUCACUUGAUUUUUUUGUGGGUAUUUCAAGAUUCAAUUACAAUGUGUAUUUAAUUUUCUAUUUUUUAAUGUUAAUUAAAAUUUUUGAAAGAUAUUUAGCUUAAUACCAAAUUGUAUUGGUAUUUAACAUUCCAUAUUUUGCAAGGUUUACCAGUUUAUAUUCUCAUUUCAUAUUUAAGUUUAUACAAUUAACAUUCCAUUGUAAAAUAUGUAUUUAAAAGUAGAGCAGUGUUUUUUUUAUUGUUUGAAUGAAACUUUCCUUUAAAGCUUGGAUGAAUUUUUGUUCAUGCAGACCAAGAUUCAGUGUGCCAUUGAUGGAAAUAAAAAAAGUGCUUUCAGUUACUUAUAUACAUCUACCUUUCCAUUAUACAUUUAAUUUCUUUGAGGGAAUUUUGGUUAUUUAGAAGGUACAUAUUUAAGUAAUUACAUGUAUAUUACAACCCAUGAGAUUGUUAUUUUGUGAUGUAUUCUCUAUGAAUCUCAACUUUAUUUUCAUAUCAUCUUUUUGUAUUCAGGCAAUAUGUUUUUUUAAUUAUUUAUGCAAAGUACAUUCCUUGUUAAGUUUAUGUAUAUACAGUUGAACUUCCAUAUCUUGAAUACCAAAGAUAUGUUGAAGUGAGUUGCAUUUGCAAGUCUCAGCCAUUAUUUUUGUAGUAUAUAUUUGAGCCUUUGUGUCUAAAUUUCCUUGGGUAUCUUGGAGUUUUUUUUUCUUGGUCUUAUAAAGUUUGAUAUAUCAAUGUUUGACUGUAUUUAUCAUAUUUGAUUUGAUGAAUUUUAAUGUUUAUAUUUUGAGCAACAUUCCAUAAUUCUCCUAAAUUGUUUAUUACUUUAAAUUAUAAUUCUCCUAAAAUUAAUUGUUUAUUACAGUGUAUAUAUUAUUCCUUAAAUCUAAUAUAAAAGCUUAAUGUAAUUGGCCGUAUUAAAUAAUAAAUGUUGAUAGUGCAUUUUCCUUAAGUACAUUAGUUCUUUAAGAAGGUUCAUUAUCCUUAAAAGGAAAUUUAUUUUCUACAUAUUACAAUGUAAACAUUAUAGAUUUAUCUUCAUUUAAAACCGUAAAAGUAAAAAUUUACAGUCAGUACUGAUAAAGCUUUUCACUGCAAUUCUUGGUCCAGAAAUUGUGUAUUUGAAAUAUUUGCACACGUCAGUUUAUUUCCAUUGAACCAUAAAAUAUUUACAUGUGUAUGAUUGUUUUUUCCAAGAUUAUUUUCAAAUUGUUUUAAUGGAGGAAUUUGAAUCUUAGACUUAAGUAAAAUAUUUUUUGUUAUACAAUUUGCUCAACAUACUCAGGUUUAUAAACUAACAGUACAUAUAUUUUAUAACUUAAUGCAUAGUACUUGAGUUAUAUAACUAUAAACAUUAGUACAGGUGUUAUUGAUAGCUUUUUGUUGAUUUUUUUGUUGUUAAUUUUAUAAGGUGUGCAGUGUUUAAGGUAUUGUGUUGGAGAUCAAUUGUAAGUAUACAAUAAAACAUUCCUACUCAUCUAACUUGUUAAAAAAAAGGCUGAUUACCAAUAAAACAUAUGAAUUGUG